AUGCCGGCGCCAAGAGUGUUAUCAGCGUUAGACGUGGCGAGGAUACAGUUGUACCAUUUCAAGGCCAUAAUCAUCGCCGGAAUGAGUCUCUUCACCGACGCUUAUGAUCUCUUCUGUAUAGCUCCGGUCUUGAAAAUGCUCGGUGAAAUAUAUUAUCACGAAGAUUCAAUCGGAACACCUAUUCUCUCCAUAUUUUACGCCAUCGCUCUCCUCGGCGCCGCCUUAGGUCAGCUCUUAGUCGGCUACUUAGGCGACCGUCUUGGACGCAGACGUGUCUACGGUCUAUGUCUCAUGAUCAUGAUCUUAAGCUCCUUUGGCUGCGGAUUCUCUGUCUGCACGAGUCGCCGUUCUUGCGUCAUGGCCAGUCUUGGCUUCUUUAGAUUCAUCCUAGGGCUCGGGAUCGGUGGAGAUUACCCUCUUUCGGCCACGAUCAUGUCCGAGUUUGCUAAUAAAAAGACACGUGGGACUUUUAUCUCGGCCGUCUUCUCCAUGCAAGGGCUAGGAAUCUUGAUGAGCUCCACCGUUACCAUGGCUGUAUGUGCGGCGUUUAAGAGCGCCGGCAAAGUUACUAGUUCAGAGAAAACGAGAGCUGCGGAAGCGGAUAUUGCGUGGAGGUUGAUUCUGAUGAUCGGUGCUAUUCCCGCCGCUUUGACGUUCUACUGGCGAAUGCGUAUGCCUGAAACAGCCAGGUAUACAGCAUUAGUUGAGAACGAUGCUCUCAAAGCAGAAAAAGACAUGCAAAAAGUCUUGUCCAUAUCCAAACCAUCUGAACUCGAAGAAAAUUUACCGCAACCACCACCGUCUUCUUCUUCUACCUCGUCCUACAAACUCUUCUCUCGCCGUUUCUUCAGCCUCCACGGCCGUGACCUAUUCGCAGCCUCAGCCAAUUGGUUCCUAGUGGACGUGGUCUUCUACACAAGCAACCUCCUCCUCUCCCAAAUCCUCAAUUUAUCCAACAAACCUACCAGUUCCACAAAUGUCUACGACACUGCCUUCGAAGUGGCUAAGGUCGCAGCUAUCGUGGCCGUGUGCUCCACCAUCCCUGGUUACUGGUUCACGGUUUAUUUCAUCGAUAGGGUUGGUCGAGUCAAGAUUCAAAUAAUGGGUUUUUUCUGUAUGGCCGUUGUUUACUUAGCCGCUGGCAUUCCGUACAGUUGGUAUCAGUCUGAUCAUAAUAAAAAGUCUAGUAAUAAAGUCUUUGUUAUUAUGUACGGACUAAUAUUCUUCUUUAGCAACUUUGGUCCUAAUACGACAACGUUUAUAAUCCCUGCUGAGCUUUUUCCGACGAGGUUUAGGUCAACGUGCCAUGGGAUUUCGGGAGCUUCCGGUAAGCUUGGAGCUAUUGUUGGAACUGUUGGUUUCUUGUGGGGCACCAAACGCGACGAAGAGCACAAAGACAUUUUCCCUGACGUUAAACGUGUGAGGAUCGCGUUUAUUAUCCUUGGAGGCGUUUGUAUUGCUGGAGUGUUGGUGACGUACUUCUUCACGCGUGAAACUAUGGGAAGAUCGUUAGAAGAGAACGAAGAGGACGAUUUUUGUACCUCGUCAGCGCCAGAUUCACCGUCUGCUAGUGAGAUAACUUCAGUCACAACACAAGCAAUCGUCUUUUGA